UUUCCAAGGGGAGUUGCCCUAGAGUCAGAAGGAGUUUGCCCAUGUGCUUGCCCUAGAAUAUAUCAACCAGUCUGUGGAAGUGAUGGUAACACUUAUGACAAUACCUGUGAACUAGAAUGCAAGGGAAUUUCCCUUGUUUUCGAAGAAGCUUGUCCAUGUCCCUGUCAGAAAAUAUAUGAACCAGUUUGUGGUGUUGAUGGUAAAACAUAUGAUAAUAAAUGUGAACUAGACUGCAAAAACAUUGCCAUGGCUUCUGAAGGAGAAUGUAAGAUCUGUGCAUGUCCAGCAACCCUACAACCAGUCUGUGGUGUUGAUGGUAAAACCUAUGAUAAUACAUGUCUUCUACAAUGCGCUGAAGUUGCUCAAGCUUCCGAAGGACACUGUCCAAAAGUCUGUGCCUGUCAGUCUAUAUAUGAACCAGUGUGUGGUGUUGACGGUAAAACAUAUGAUAAUAAAUGUACUCUAGAAUGUGGGGAAGUAAAACUUGCAUCAAAUGGCGCAUGUCCUAAAGUGUGCGCAUGUCAGACAAUAUUAGAUCCGGUUUGCGGAAAUGACGACAAAACCUAUGACAACGAAUGCCUAAUGACUUGUGCUGAGGUGAGUUUAAAAUAUAAAGGAGAAUGUUUUGACCCAUGUGCAGUUUGUCAUAAUUUAUAUACGCCAGUUUGUGGAGCCAAUGGUAAAACUUAUCCUAACGAAUGUUUACUCGCCUGCAAAAAACAGAGAAAAUUAUUCAAUGGAGCAUGUCCAGACUUCGGUGCCAUCUUUGAUAGAAAUUCAAAUCGUAAUCCCAACAGACCCGGCUAUGGUGGUAGAAAUAACCAUAACUUCUUGUCGGCUAGAUUUUAAUAGAAAUGGUGGAAUAUUCCA